UGUUGAAUGAAGACUCUCCUGCAGAUGGAGGAACUGGAGCAAGGCCUGCUGAUGCAGCCGUGGGCAUGGCUACAGCUUUCUGAGAUCCUCUUGGCUAAGGCUUAUAUCACCCAGCAGGGCUAUGCCUUGCUGGUUUCAGAUCUUCAGCAGGUAUGGCAUGAACAGGUGGACACUAGCGUGGUCAGCCAGAGAGCAAAGGAGCUGAACAAGCGCCUGACUGCUCCUCCUGCAGCUUUUCUCUGUCGCCUGGAUGAGCUGCUUCGCCCGUUGUUGAAGGACAUUGCUUGCCCUGGCAAAGCUACAUUCUCCUGUGCGUGUGCAGAAACACUGAUACUGCGGGUGCGGAGUGAGCUCUCCGGUCUCCCAUUCUAUUGGAAUUUCCACUGCACCCUAGCUACCCCAUCACUGGUCACCCAACAUUUGAUUCGUCCUCUGAUGGGCAUGAGUCUGGCGUUGCAGUGCCAAGUGAGGGAGCUAGCAACAUUGCUUCGUAUGAAAGACCUAGAGAUCCAGGACUACCAGGAGAGUGGGGCCCUGCUGAGCCGAGAUCGGUUGAAGACAGAGCCAUUUGAAGAGAAGUCCUUCUUGGAACAGUUUAUGGUAGAGAAACUACCAGAGGCAUGCAGUGUUGGUGAUGGAAGACCUUUUGUCACAAAUCUACAGAGUCUGUAUAUGGCAGUCACCAGACAAGAGAUCCUAGUGGGACAGGAGCAUCAAGGCACAGGAGAUCCCCAGACCUCAAGCAGUACCUCCUCCCAGGAUGCCAAUGGCCAGCUUCUGAACCAGCCAGAGGAGCCAGUCUCCUCAGCACCAUCCCUCCCAGUGCCUGAGAAGGAGCCCACAGUUACUUCAGGACCCAUGCAGAGACCUCAGCUGUUGAAGGCCAAGAGGAAGAAGCUAAGGGGACUCUUCAGCUAACCUGUCAUUGUCUCAACUCCUAAGAAUGGAUUUGGAGAGUAGUCUCCUAGUGUCACCUUGAAAGGAGCACCCGUGGCAGCAACAUCUCUGACACAGAGUUAUACAGUUAGGGACCCCACUGUAAGGGCAAGAUAACUGAAGUUCAUGUUGGCAGGCAUGGGUACUGUCAACUGAGGGAAUGCUGGCUCCAACACAUCAGGCACUGGCCUUCCCUGUCAGAGUGGAAGCCAGUCUCUGGGAACCCUAUACCCUCCUCUCUUUUGCUGGAGGUUCUCUAGACCCAGGAUCUACCAUGGACUUUUAGGUAUAUGGGGCAGGUCAGCAAAAAGGCACAACAUGCUUUGGAAGCCUUGUCUACUUUUCUUGAGAGUCCCUAGCCAGUCCCAGAUGCUUCUCCAAGACCCUUUUCUCUCUUGAGCAUGAAAUACAAAGCAUUCACACUCCCCUGCUUUUGUGAUUGCUUAUCUGUGGAACACAUGACCAACCCACUUCCCUUUACUGGGUCCCACCCCGUAGUUGUCUCUGAAUGAAGUCUAGGCCCUUGGUCCAAUCCUUCGGAUUCUUCUUACACUUCUAUCCCGCAGUGUGCUAAUCCUCGAUUCGGGAGCCUUGAUCUUGAGACCUUUCUCCAUGGUAGGAACAAGGCAGAACAGAUGGCUUUUGCUCUCCUUGGUCCAGCUUGACAUGGAGUGUGUUUUGUCUGUUUAGUCCGUUUACAAGGCAUAGACAACAGGUUAAACCAUAAUAUGGGAUUGAAAUUACAAACAGCUCAGAGCCUUAGGGCCAAGUUAGUUUCCCAGAGUGGGAGCAAAAGGAAUUUUACUUUCUCAUCCUUUACUUCACUUCAAAUAACGUAAUAAUUAGAAGAACUAGAAAAGACAGGAUGACAGGGGACAGGAAAUGGCCACAGGAGUUCUAUAUGAAAUAGGCAGACUCUUAGACAGUUAGAAAGUCUACCCUUUGGACAAAUCCAGAAAGAUUUAGCAGAGCAGGAUUGGCAGAGUUCCUUGGCCUUCUCUGCUAGGUUUUCUUUAUAGGUAAGACCUGAAACUUUACCUUGAAGAGACAGGAAGGAAAGUAGAACUCAUGUUUGCUGGGAGCUGUUAGGUAGAGAAAGGGGUCAGGGACGGAACCACAGAGGCCUUUUCUGAUUUAUUUACUUAGUGACAGUCAAAUGCCUCCUUGUCCACAUACCCUCUCUAGUGGGGACUGGUGUUGCUGUCCUGAUGGCAAGUCUUGGGGGGAAAAGGACAACCCAAGUAAUGAUAAACUAAUAAUGAUUAUAAUAAUAAUAAUAAACAACUGCCAUUUAUUGAGCAGUUAAUGGAUACCAGCUACUCUAAAAAUGCCUGACAUUGAAUCCUCACAGCAUUGUAUGAGGAAGAUACUGUUAACCCACUAGGGAUUGAAGGAAUUAAGUGACUUAUCAGAGGUCACACAGCUGAUAAGUAACAGCCAAAAUUUGAACCCAGACAGCUGAGUUCUGCUCUGCAUUAUUAUACACAUUACUGAAAACAUUUUCCAGAAAGGAUAUAAAGUCCUUCUUUCCUGUCUUCAGCCAUGACCAUUCCUCCCCUGUGACCCUACCUCUUUUCAAGAGGGUGUUCUCCUCCCUACCAGCUCUUCAAGGCAGGAACCUCAAAGGAUGUCGGGACUCCCCACACUCGUUACCUGCUGGCAGAACCUGAGAGCUCCACAGGGCUCAUUCCCAGUUCCUGCUGAUAACUUUCUUUACCUCCAGAUCAGUGCCCCAGACUGUGCCCUCAUGGUGACUGUCAUUGAAGUCAGUUGGGAACUGUGUAAAAACAGUCUAUCAGGUGACUCACUUUGUUCUCAAGAUAAUUUAUUGGCCAUUGCCAGAUAAUUGGCUAUUGCCAGAUUUCAAGGUAUGAGACCACAUGGAAAAUAGAGAGACUUCCUCAGCAAGCUGGGAGAAAAUAAAGAUUCUUCACCCUGGAUAAUCCCUCUGCCCUAAGAGCACAGUCUCAAGAGCAGGUAUUUUUGAUCAGAGGUGAGCAGGGGUUUACGGAUCUCCUAAAAUUGUAAAUGAAAUCCUAAGUGCUUAUUUUUUUUUUCAUGUUCUCAAAAGAAUGUGUGGCUUUUUUCAAAGGUUAAGGAAGAGUAUGCCUACUGACAUCCCCACACACUGCCCCUUGAUCCCCAAAGGUGGGUGCUCCCGCGGGGAUAUUGCUCAGACACACCCUAGAGAAACAUUGUGCCCCAAGACCCUGCCUCAGGCUUUCUUGCCCUGAAGCUCUUGCCCCCCGAAGCCAGGGGUGGUGGUUGAAAAUCAUUCAUCCCGGGGCAACUCCAGGGAAAUCCCUGCCUUGACAAAUGGGCCUAGCCAGGCUGUAUUCCAGCCCUGCCCCCUGGCUGGGGCCCCUCCCUGAGGCCCCCAGCCUGGCCCAACCCCCACUCCACAUGCACAUAAAAGGGUCGAAUUCUCGUGGCUGCUCCAUAAAUUUUAUUCCGUAAAUAUUAGUUUUCCCUGUGUUUAAUAAAGCAGUGGCCCGCCUCCCCGCCUACCCGCCCGCUCCCCGGGGCCGGGGCUGGGGCCAGGGCUGGCUGGUGGGAGAAGGGACUCUUUCAAUUGCUUUGGAGUAUUUUUAGAAAAAAAAAUAAUAUAAGGUGGUUUACAGGAGCAAGCCAGCAAACCAGGAGCAGGACUAGGGACCUCGAGGAAGUUCCUGCAGGAACUUGACCUAAAAAAUAGAGAAAUAGCGCCACCUAGGCUGCAAGGCCUAUUUGGCCGGGCGGGCUGGCUCACCCCUCCCCCACCGUCAGCCGGGACAGGCCAGGCCUUUGCUGGGAGAGAAAUCGUCACCCCUCAGCACUCCAGCUGGGCAGCACCUCCAUUCCUCGGGCUUCACCAGGGCUUUCCCAGCAGCCCUGAGGGCAGGGCCCAAGCCAGGUCCUGGAAAACGCCAUGAGGGCCACUCUGUUCUGUCCCAGUCAGCCCAGCUCCCAGAUCAAGGAGUGUUUCCAAAGGGUAGUAAAGUUAUUGCAAAGGGAAGAAGGCGCUUCUCGUCCCUGUCUGCCCACUGAAUCCUGCGGAGCCAGCCCUGGGGUGUGAGGUAGCAGAGUGGGAUCUGUGCCCCUGUGCUCUGGACUUGGGAAGAAUCGGCUCCUGUCAGGCCCAGACCCCUCCAUGGGUCCGAAGUAGUUCACCUUCAGGGAGCACUGGGGGUGGGGGUGGGGGUGCUCAAGUCUCCCCGAAUGCUCAGCCCACAGCACCUUGAUGUUACCCCGCGGUCCAUCUGAACUCCCCUUUCUUGCCUUGCUGUUUGUUGGAACUCCCCAUUUUCAGAAGCCCUUUCCUCCUCCUUCACCCUGGUCCCCUGGGAGAUAAGGGGCCCGUGUGUCAUCCUGCGUACAGAGAUGGCGGGAGUGGGGUGGGAAGAGGCUGUGCCUCUUCUCUCAUCCUGGGUUUGGUCUUGGUCUUGACGUUGUCAUCAGGGGCAUUUCCUUCUCUCCAAUUCUUCUGUCCUUCAUUUCCUCCUAUUUACGAAGCUAAGAGGAUUUGCUCCAGAGACUCUCAGGGAGACCUCAGGUCCUCUUAAUUACCCUUCCUCGUGGUGUGGUAAACUCACUUUAUCGUCCUGCCCAUCUUCUCGCUAUUUGUGCUAUUAAUAUAAUCAGUGUUUACAUACUCAUUUCCUCUGUGCUGUUUCUCUUCAUCCUUACACUGGCUUAUAGUCUCGGAGGACAGGGUUAGUCUUUAACACUAACUCUAAAUGUAUCACCAGGCUGGUGUCAUGCUACUAAAGGGUGCAACUUUAUGUUAACUGGGCUUUUCAUACAAUCACAAUAUGCUGUUUGAGCUCUACCCAGAAGUAUUUCUCUGUCUUCCACCUUUCCUGAAGAAGGAACAGUUCAAAAGCAGUAAGCGACCUUCUACAGGGCAGCCACCAGACUCAGAGCUCAAGCUCCUUGGUUCCUAGUCCGUGGCACCGAAAUGAGUAAAUGUAGUGGAUUCUGUAGGGCACUUGGAUACAGAGAGACACGCUGGAAGAGAAGGGCGCCCACACUGGGGAGGGAGGGUUUUCCUUAGCUGCCGGGACCUCCUGGAAGCUGCUCCUCCUUGUCAAGGGCUCCUUAAGGCUCUUUUUCUCUCCUGGUCUCUUGGACGGGGCUCCAGAAGAUCCCACCCUGAGGCGAACCACUCAGAGGGAAAGGGACCCUAGGGGAUCCUUCUCUCCUUGAGGAUCUAGAAGCCCGUCUAUCCUGUAUCUUCCAUCCCAGACCCAUCAAGGAAAACUUUCUCGUCUCCUGAGCUUUGCUUUAUGGUGGCCUUUAUGCUUCCCCUCAAUUCUGGGGUCUCAUUUUUCUACCCUGGCACAGGAGAAGUCAUGAGGUAGCACCAAAACGUUCUGGCAAAAAUCUCAGUCCCUUGGAAGCUAUGACAUCCUACCUGCUUGCAGUUACUCUGUCCAGGAACCCAGCAGAUUUUGCUAUACUUUCCACCCUCCUGGACCCUUUGAGUGGGUACUAGCCUCUCGGCAUUUAACUCUCCUGGGUUUCUGAGGAUCUGGGCCAGCCUAGGGGAACCCGGAAGGAGCAUUGGAAGACUCCAGGGUGUGGGGAGCACUCAGCCAUUGACUCACCUGGGAAUAUUGUGCCAGGUUACUCGUCCUGCUGGGCUGAGGGCCAGGAGUUAAAGGAGCAGGCAGAGCCGCACUCCUCCCUCCCCUCACUUGGGGGUUAGAAUUGGGGAGGAAGCCUUGGGGGGCUGCUGGGAGUCCCUUCCCAAAUCUGGGUGUUGUAUUGACCUUUUCAUAUUGGCAGCUGGAAGGGGAAGCCCAUCCCAGCUCAGCAUUGUUGUCUAACAUGGUUAAUCAGAUCCCAUAAUCCUGCUGUGGAAAUAUUGGGCCUCACUCAAAACAAUAGAGACCAAGAAUAUUGUGGUUAAAUUUCAACCAGCUGCCUCCCUGGCCUGUUUGCCUAACCCCUACCCCCCUCUCCUGGGCCAGAGUCCUCCUGGCUUUAUGGACCCCUGAUAGGAUCGACAGCCGGUCAGAAAUGGGUGACAGGAGAAGGGAGGAUGGAGCAGGGGAAGGGUAACCCUCUUGGCUGGCACUCCAUCCUUCCUUGCCUCCCUCUCCCGGCCUUGAAGAGGGGGCAAGGGGUGGUGAACUGCGUUGGUGCUGGUGGGGAAGCCCCCGUACAUUCUGGGCGCGUGUUCAGGCAUCAAGAGCAGUACUGCUGGGAAUCCUCGGGGGUAAAGAGAUCCCUUAUUCAAGAGAGAAAAAAACUUCUGCCAGAUGAGAAGGAGAGCCUGCCAGUUUCAUUUGUUACUGCUGCCUGGCGCUUCCAGAGCACAAAGCAAUACUGGUCGUCCAUGGCACCUAUGGAGAAAUAGAAGGCACUGGUUAAGGGAAGGGGAGCUGGUAAUAAAUAUUUCCGUUUCAUUAGGAACCUGAUAGAAUGGCAAAUAUACAUGAUACUUUGGUGAUGUAUGAAGGUGAUACUAACACCCCAUUUUGAUUGGUUUUCAGGUAAGGGAAUGUCCAUGAUGUUGCUCUCUUUGAUAAGAAUACGAAUAACUGUGGCAGAGUGGUUUAUAUAAUGAGAAUAGCAGGACAGAGGGAAUAGAUAAGCUGUCCAAUGGCAUUUUGAAUU